AUGACGUAUUCGGUAUUCAACAGGUGUGAGUGGAGGAAUGAGCGCUGUGGCCCCGACGACUUCAUCCCAACACUCACAGAUGCUGGCUUGUGCUACAUCUUCAACCAGAACUCGUCUCUCUCCACUGACAAUCCAGGAAGCGAUGGGGGUCUGAGACUCGUUCUGUCUCUGGAACCAUGGGACUACAUUCGUGGACCACGUGGUACGAUAGGCGCAUUAAUCUACAUCCAUGACCAAUCAGAAUUCCCCACACUGACAACCAGUCGCGGAGUUUCGAUUGCAUCUGGUACAUGGACUUCUAUAGGUUUAGAGAAAACCAGGGAGACGAGUCUAGCUGCUCCUCACGGAAAUUGUGAGGAUACACUUCUCAAAGAACUCCCUCUUGGUACCCAGUACACAACCACCAACUGCAUAAUUAACAAUCUCUACCGGUACAUCCAGAAAACCUGUGGAUGCCGGCACUUCUUCAUGCCAAGUAUGCCAAAUACAAGCUACUGCACAUUUUCAGAGCUGAUCGGAUGUGUGAAGGAUCGAUUAGACAAGAUGGACAAUGCAACCCCGAUCUCAAACUGCACCAGCCCGUGCAACGUGACCCGUUACGAUCUCAUCCUAUCUGAGGUGGAUAUGUCCAAGAGGUACACCAUAACAUCGCGUCUGGAAGACCAACGUGACAACAGUGACUGGCCAGAUAACCCGGAUGAGAACCCCAUCUACGUGCAGUCCUGGGCACUCCUUAAUGAAAUCAACCCCAGAUUUACAGACGAUAUCUCAACCCUUGCAGAUCUGCUGGAACAUAUAUAUCACCUAAGCAAUAAAAUCAUCACCGACUUUCCCAUCUUCCAGGAUGCCUUGAAUACAUCAGACUUGUACCAGACUUUCGACGACUUUCGGUUUAAUUUAAAGUUACGAACAAAUAUUCAGAUUGGUUCCAAAUCUUGUACACAUUCGGCGAAUCUGAAAGGAUGCUUGACAGCCUUUAUCGCAGCGGAGCAGGUUAUCAAUACCAAUGCUAUAAAGACUUGUUCUGUCUCUGAAGGUUUCUUCUAUGACAUUAAAGAACAUUUUGGAAAUUUUGAGGAAGCUGUGUCUAUGUAUGUUGAAGGAAGCGCGACAGAAACAAACAAGAGAGAAAUUUUUCAUGGCCCCUGAGUAAGGAUGUCAACAGGACUGUAGGUCUCGACACGAUCAAAGACGAGUUUGCUAGACUACAUGCCAAUGUUUCUGCUCUUUUGGAAACGUAUGGUGACUUAGUAUCCCAAUGCAAAUCUUUCGAAGAAGCCACCGAAGAAUAUUGGGCGAAAUCAUUGAUAGGCAAAGCUGAGGUUGA